AAAAAAAUGUCAAAAAACUUUUCUCUCUCAGCAAAAUCAGCUUGAACUCUCGCCGCUCAGCUAGCCUUUGUUCUGUGUGUGAGCUCAGUCAGUAAUGUGUGCUCUGACUCUGAAACCAUAGAAUCCACCAUGGAAAUCCCAAGCCUUUACAAGAAGCUCAGGUACUUCUCAAACUCUUGCUCUGUUUACUCUCUCUUCUCUCACUCCCCACACCCAUUUCUCUCUCCCAAAACCCUCGUCUCACCCAGUUCCUCUCCAGAAAUUUUCUUCCUUUCCAAUCAUUUUCAUUUUCACACAAAACCCACUUUCAGUUCUCUGUAUACACUCAUUUCCUCAUCUGGGUCAUCCUUAUUUUCCGCCAUAACCUGCCCAAUUCCUCAAUCUUCACAAAAUUUACAUUUCUAUAGCUGUAACAAUAAUGAGUAUAGACAUCAAUUUUGGAAUCUAGGUUUGGUUAAACCUUGUGUUAAUAGAUGCAUUCGUUGGUUUUCAGUGUCUUCUAAGGAUGUGUCAUCGGGUUCAGCUGGGUUGAGUGAGAUGAAUUCUAUUAAAAAUGUUAAAUUUCGAAAAAUGGGUGUUGAUGGGAUUAGGCCAAAACCUACUCGAAAGCAAGUUUCGGAAAUUAUUGGCUUGGUUAUGAGGGAUGAAAAUGAUUUGGAGUCUAAGUUGGAUUCUAUGAAUGUAAUCUUAUCUAUUGAUUCAAUUACUGAGGUUUUUCGGGUUUUAAAUUUUGAAAGAGUGUCCGCAUUGCGUUUCUUUAAUUGGAUUAGAGGUUCGCGGCCGGAUCUUUACUGCAAUUCUGAUAUUUGUAGUUUGGUUAUUGAUAAUUGUGGUUGGUUAGAUGACCACAAGGCCAUGCUUUGUAUUCUGAAUGAGUUAAGGAAAAGAAAAAUUUGUCUGAACAAGAAGGCAUUUGGGUUCUUACCUGUUUUGGUUUCAAACAAGGAAUCCAUUAUGCACUCUGUAAGAAGAGUGGUAGAGGUGUUGAAGGAAGUUGGGGGGUCAUGCCGGAACUCUGGGAUUUACUCAUUGAUUGAGAUGUUUGUCUCUUUGGGUUCCUUUGAAAUGGCAGAAUUUGUGAUGGAAAUAACAGAGAGGAAGGCAGUUUAUUACAAUGUUUUGGUUAGGGAGAAGUGUCGAAGAUGCGAUUUUGAAGGAGCUAGAGAAGUGCUUGAUGAGAUGAGGCUAAGGGGUUGUUGUGAUCGAAUUGUCAUUGGUUAUAAUUAUUUACUUAGUAGUUUAUGCAAGAAUGAUAAAACUGUUGAAGCUAGUCAGGUACUGGAAGAAAUACAUGGAAGGGAUUGGCUUCCUGAUGCAUUAACCUUUGAGAUAUUUAUUUGUUACUCGUUUAGACUUGGAAAGCCCGAUCUUGCUUCCCAGUUUCUUGACAGGAUGGUGUCAAAUGGCGUUGAACCUCGUCAUAGCACACAUGCUGCUUUUAUCAAGGGUUAUUUCAGUUUACUGAAAUAUGAGGAAGCAUAUAAGUACGUGGUUGAUUCAAGUGUUAAGCUUAGGUUCUCAAGCAAUCUAAAUUACAGCUUGCUUGCAAGCCUUCAUCAGAAGAAAGGAAAUGUGGUCAUUGCACGAAAUAUUCUUUUGGAAAUGAUUAAAAAGGGUCUCAGACCAAACUUUGCAGUGUAUAUGAGGGUUUUGCGUCAUCUAAAUAAUGCAGGCAGGGAAGACUUGGCCAGAGACUUAAAGAGCAGCUUCUCUAGUUUGAGUUUACAGCCAAGUUUAGAAACUGGAUGAGUUCUGUAGGCUAACACAUUAGAGCAUUUCCAGUGGAUUUUAUUUCUCACUUUAAUUGAACAAGUAAUGAAGUUCUUCUCCUCUAAGUUUGUUUCAUAUCAUUAUAUUGCUUCAAAAGUAGCAUUACAAGCAAUUUGGAGAUCCUAUGGCUAAUGGAAACCCGGGAAUUAACCCUCUUUCAAAUUAAAAGUCACUUCCAGGUUUUAAUAUUCAUUUUACAGCUAUGGGUGUUUCUUGAGUAUUAGUUCUCAUUUUCCAAGGUUUUUGAAUCAAAGUUCUUCCUUAUACCAGAAAUAUCCUACUUCCAUGUGUAUUCUAGAAGCUGCAGAAGGUAAGUUCUUUCCACAAAUCUGCUAUAUGGUUUAUAACUAAGUAUUUUGUUAUUAAACAAAACUGUAAAAGCCCUGCUACUAAAGAGUACUUGGUUGUUGUUUUGUGCUCAGUUCAUGUCCUUAGCCUAAUCAAUUAGGCAAAGGGGAGAAUGGUGAUGGAGGCUAAGGGAAUUGUUGAAGCAUAAGCAAUGGUAAAGUUGCAUUAAACCUUGCCAAUAAAGGAAGAAUGGGAUCCUGAUCAUGAAACUCUGUUGGCAUUGUCUACUGAUGAUGGAAGGUUGAUAGUUUGGGAUCUCAAUGGGAAUUUUACAUUAGAUAUAGGUGCUACGAAUGUGCUCACUUUUCUUUUGUUUUGUUUCGUAAAACUUAAUAUUAGCACCCUAAUUUCUCUUCACAUUAAUUUGUAUAUAUCUUUAUGCAAAAUUUGGCUACCAAGAAGAUUAAGGAAAAUAGGAAAAGCAUUGAAAAUAUUGUUGAUUUUUACCAAUUGUAAGAAUCUGCUCCUAAUUUUUGGUAGAACUUUCUAUUGAACAUGUGAUUGAUGUGUGUAUUAAUCUCAGUUGUUCUUUAUCAUGGGAAUUUAAUUGAAUCUUGUGUUCGGCUUA